AUGUCAUCGUCAGCAGCAGCCGAGCUUGAUGGUGCUGAUGAAAGUGCUGGAGUAUGCGACAGGAAAAAUCCGAAUCCGUUUUUCGAAACAUCAACAUUCAGGACAACGCCGCCACUCCGCUCGGCACCGUUUCUUGAAUUCGAACUUGAAUUUGAUAUCUUCUGCUUAGUCGUCGGAAUCUGUUUCGGGAUUUUUGAGAUAUUACCGUAA